UGCAACCACGAGAGGUCGAGCUUGGCUGCUGGCUUGUUCCUUGAAAAGCUUGAUAGAUCGACCGCGCGCAGAGGGACAGAGCAACGGAGAAUGUCGUCGUCGGCGGGGAAGCGGGGAGGUGGAGGAGGAGGAGACGAUGCUCCGCCAGCGACGGAGGCGUGGAGGCUAACCAUGGGCAGCAGCGACACCAUGCGCAUGCCGGAGCGGCUGCACCGUCGGCCGCCUUCCUUCCUCUCUGGGCUCUUCUCCGCCGCGGCCUGCGGUUCCCACGGGAAACAGCGAAAAAUCGCAAAGUACUAUGAGAAGCAAGAGAGCCUUCUGAAGGAUUUCAGCGAGAUGGAGACCAUGAAUGAGCUGGGUAGCUUGACUGGUGCUCCUACUGAGGAAGAGUUGGCGAGCCUGGCCAAGGGCGAACGUCUGGCCAUCAACCUGUCUAACAUAAUUAACUUGAUCCUCUUCGCCGGGAAAGUUGUUGCUUCCUUCGAAACCGUGUCGAUGGCGGUGAUUGCCUCGACACUGGACUCGCUAUUGGAUCUCCUGUCAGGCUUCAUCCUCUUGUUCACAGCGCACGCCAUGAAGAAGCCCAACAAGUACAGCUACCCAAUCGGGAAGAGGCGCAUGCAGCCAGUGGGCAUCGUGGUGUUUGCGUCCGUGAUGGGCUGCCUGGGGUUCCAGGUGCUGAUCGAGUCCGGGCGGGAGCUGGUCACGCAGGAGCACACGAAGUUUGACACAUACAAGGAGCUGUGGAUGGUUGGGAGCAUGCUGUCGGCGGCGGUGGUGAAGUUCUUCCUGAUGCUCUACUGCCGGACCUUCAAGAACGAGAUCGUCAGGGCGUACGCGCAGGACCACUUCUUCGACGUGAUCACCAACUCCGUCGGCCUCGUCUGCGCGCUCCUCGCCGUCCGUUUCCACUGGUGGAUGGACCCUGUCGGAGCCAUACUGAUCGCGCUGUACACGAUCACAACGUGGGCGCGGACGGUGCUGGAGAACGUGGGGACGCUGAUCGGGCGGUCAGCGCCGGCGGAGUACCUGACGAAGCUGACGUACCUGAUCUGGAACCACCACGAGGAGAUCCGGCACAUCGACACCGUGAGGGCGUAUACAUUUGGGACGCAUUACUUCGUGGAGGUGGACGUUGUGCUCCCAGGGGACAUGCCGCUGAGCCAGGCGCACGACAUCGGGGAGGCGCUGCAGGAGAAGCUGGAGCAGCUGCCGGAGGUGGAGCGCGCCUUCGUCCAUGUCGACUUCGAGUUCACCCACAAGCCCGAGCACAAGGCGGACGUGUAGAAGCUAUAGGGUGUACUAGUAUCAUAGCAGUCGCAUGUUAAUUGCAUGGAGCUCUGUUUUUUUUUUUUUUUGGCCAUGCUCUUUCGCUUUGUUCAUCGAUUGCUUGGUGGUGCUAGGAGCUGGUAAGCCGUAAGCAGUCGUUGUAUGACAACAGUUUCUUAUUCUAUCUAUCGAGAGCACAAGUGCACAACGA